ACCGGGAGUGACCCCAGCAUCUGCAGUGACGCUGGGAGCAGCACCGACACCGGCACCGGCACUGACAGAGGCCCCGCGCCCCGGUGCUCGGGCGGCCCUGGUCGCCGCCGAUGACCCUGAACACGCAGCGCGGGAGCCACAGCCCGCUCCGCCGCAGGGCCAGCACCCCUGUGCCGCGGCCGGGGGUCUCCUGCCACCCGCAGCUGGAGCACCGCUCCUCCGAGCCGGGCGCCAGGGCCGCGGCCCCCCGCGGCAGUUGGUCCUCUGAGUCCUCGGGUUCCUCCGGCGCCUGGGAGCCGCUGUACCGCGUGGUGCUGCUGGGGGACCCCGGCGUGGGCAAGAGCAGCCUGGCCAGCCUCUUCGCCGGCGUCCAGGAGCGGGAUCUGCUGGAGCAGCACGGAGAGGCCGCCUAUGAGCGCACGCUGUGUGUAGACGGUGAGGAGACCACGCUGCUCGUGAUGGACACGUGGGAGCCGGAGCAGCGGGGCAAGGGGAGCCAGUGCCGCAGCCAGUGCCUGCAGGUCGGGAACGCCUAUGUCAUCGUCUACUCCAUCACGGACCGGGGCAGCUUCGAGAGCGCCUCGGAGCUGCGCAUCCAACUGCGCCGCGCUCGGCAGCCCGAGGACAUCCCCAUCAUCCUGGUGGGCAACAAAAGCGACCUGGUGCGGAGCCGAGAAGUCUCCAUUGAAGAGGGCCGUGCCUGCGCUGCCGUGUUCGACUGCAAGUUCAUCGAGACAUCGGCGGCUCUGCAGCACAACGUGGCCGAGCUCUUCGAGGGGGUGGUGCGGCAGCUCCGCCUGCGCCGAGGGGGCAAGGAGCCCCACACGCGCCCUGCGCAGCGGCACAGGCGCAAGGAGAGCCUCACCAAGAGAGCCCGGCGCUUCCUCGACAGGCUGGUGGCCAGGAACAGCAGCAAAGUGGCCCUCAAGUUCCGCUCCAAGUCCUGCCACGACCUGUCUGUGCUCUGAGAGCCGCCGGUGCCUGCCCAGCGCUCCGCACACCCAGGCUGGGACUGCCCUCUCCACCAGCAGCGUGGCCGACGGCUCCGUGGAGAGCCCAGAUAGGACCAGAGCGAUGCUGGGGAUGUGGAGCUGGUUUAACCGGUGCUGAGGGAUG